AGUAUACCGGCACUGGACGCAGCUGACCGAUAAGAAAACCAAAAUGAGGCGUGAUAAUGGAAGACUGUGGGGAAAAUUACACGACGGAAAAUUUGAGGUGCGCAGUGUCACCAAAUCCGAUCUGGGAGAGGCGCUAGAUGUUCUCGACCACUCCUUCUUUCUUAAUGAAUCGGUGUGCGUUGCAUGUGAAAUUAAUUUACCGGAAAAUCAACAAGCUCGUCUGGAGUUGCGUGAGCUGUGCAGGAUAACCGCUCUUGAUGGUGUUUCUCUGUUGGUCAAAGAGGUGGAGACUAAUCGAGUGGUGUCCGUGUCCUUCAAUAAACUUCAGUUCACACCACCGCCUGGCGAGGAUCACUUCUUUUUAAAAUUCCGCAAUGAGGCGGCCAAAACUCCUCAGGCCAGGUGUCUAAUGGACUUCAUGAUCGAAGUGGACGGCAGAAUCGAUGUGUGCGCCAUGAACAACAUGGAUUGCUUCUGUGAACUGAUGUUCCUGGCCACUUUGCCGAGCCACGAGCGGCUGGGGUUGGGACGCUCUUUGGCCCAGUUCACGAUAGAACUGACUAAGGAGCUGGCUGAGGGAAAAGGUCUGGAUAUGGAUGAAAAGCUGAGAUCAAAACGCCCAGCCGCUGUCACCGCACUUUGGACUUCGAGUUUCUCUCAGAAAGUGGGCAAAGCCACCAACUUUAAAGUACUUAACGCGGUUCCCUAUUCUGAAUUCGAAUACAACGGCAAGCGCUUCGAUGAGCGCAUUAGUCCCUUGCACAAAUUCUGCGAGCAUGUCAUAUUUAAAUUUUGAAACCGAACAGAUUAUUAAGUAAAAGAUUAGUUGUGCGUCGGCCAGCGAUACAAUCCGGAGCAAAUGCUUGGAAGGCAACUUUGCAAGAAACGUGUACAACGUGUUCUGUAUAUAUUUUAUUUUUGAUUUUUUAAUUCUUUCCUGUGUGGUACUAUUAUAAUAAUAUGUUACAUGCUUUAAGUUAA